AUGCUGGUGCACACUUACUCCGCCAUGGAGCGCCCGGACGGGCUGGGCGCGGCGGCCGGGGGGACCCGCCUGUCGUCCCUGCCCCAGGCGGCCUACGGGCCCGCGCCGCCGCUGUGCCACACGCCCGCCGCCCCCGCCGCCGCGGACUUCCAGCCCCCCUACUUCCCGCCGCCCUACCCGCAGCCGCCGCUGCCCUACGGCCAGGCCCCCGACGCCGCCGCGGCCUUCCCGCACCUGGCCGCCGACCCCUACGGCGGCCUGGCGCCCCUGGCGCAGCCGCAGCCCCCGCAGGCCGCCUGGGCCGCGCCCCGCGCCGCCGCCCGCGCCCACGACGAGCCGCCCGCUCUGCUGGCGCCGCCCGCCCGCGCCCUGGGCCUCGACCCGCGCCGGGACUACGCCGCUGCCGCCGCCGCCGCGGUGCCCCGACUCCUGCACAGCCUGGCCGACGGCGCGCACGGCCUGGCGGAGGCGCCCCUCGGUCUUCCGGGCCUGGCGGCGGCGCCCGGCCUGGAGGAGCUGCAGGCGAUAGAGGACCCGGCAAUGAGCCUCCUGGACCAAUCCGUGAUCAAGAAAGUCCCCAUUCCCUCCAAAGCCGGCAGCCUCUCCACCCUCUCACUGGCCAAAGACAGCCUGGUUGGCGGCGUCAGCAACCCCAGUGAGAUCUUCUGCUCCGUGCCCGGCCGGCUGUCAUUGCUCAGCUCAACAUCCAAGUACAAGGUGACCGUGGGGGAGGUGCAGCGGCGUCUCUCACCUCCCGAGUGCCUCAACGCCUCCCUCCUGGGGGGUGUCCUCCGAAGGGCCAAGUCCAAGAAUGGGGGCCGGUGUCUGCGGGAACGGCUGGAGAAGAUUGGGCUCAACCUGCCAGCCGGCCGUCGGAAGGCAGCCAACGUGACUCUGCUGACCUCGCUGGUGGAAGGAGAAGCUGUGCACCUGGCUCGGGACUUUGGUUAUGUUUGUGAGACUGAGUUUCCAGCCAAGGCAGCUGCUGAGUACCUCUGCCGACAGCAUGCUGACCCUGGGGAACUGCACAGCCGCAAGAGCAUGCUGCUGGCUGCCAAGCAGAUCUGCAAGGAGUUUGCAGAUUUGAUGGCUCAGGACCGCUCCCCACUAGGCAACAGCCGCCCAGCACUCAUCCUGGAGCCCGGGGUGCAGAGCUGUCUGACACACUUCAGUCUCAUUACUCACGGCUUCGGUGGGCCUGCCAUCUGUGCCGCCCUUACUGCCUUCCAGAACUACCUGCUAGAGUCACUCAAAGGACUGGACAAGAUGUUUAUAAGCAGUGCUGGCAGUGGGCAUGGAGAAACCAAGGCUUCAGAGAAGGAUGCCAAGCAUCGGAAGUAACUGUCUCUUGUUCCCUAGCUAAGUGACUCCCAGUGCCCGAGAGGGGCCUUGGCUCCUGGGGGUGGCCUUGAAAAAGACUAAAAGGUGGGAUUCCAUUCGGCCAGAGAGAACGUUUAUCUAGAAGCCUAGAGUGGGACCCGGUUGGGUAAAGCAAGGAGGCCAUUCUGUGGUUUCUGUUAAGAGCUCAGGCAGGAAACUGUCAUGGUUGUCUGGCUCAUGGGGCACAGCCCUUCCCACUGAGAUGUCUGGGCAAUGGUGGGUGCCCCAAGGGGAUGCUAUUAACAAAUCAGAGGUGUUACUGAGGAGUUAGUGACCUUGGCUCCAGGUCUCCUACCCCCAGAACAUGGUGCUAGGAGGUCCCAAUGGGCUCUUUGGAUCCUUGUGACUCGUGGAGAAGAGUGGGCAGGAGAGGACCCUGAGGAACAAGAUGGUACAGCACAAACCAUAGAACUUGAACCCAGGCUGCACACCACAGUCCUGUUGCUGUCUGUCCUAUUUAUUUAUGUACAAUGUAAUUAAAUUUGAGAAAUAAAAAAUG